AUGAGCUGCUUCGAGGUGCUUAGCGCAAGCAUGCUGCCGGCAAAGAAGAUGUGGUUGCAACAUCAGAAAAUGCAUGUGAAGCACCAUGGCUGUGAGUCAAUGCGUAUGGAGAUGGUUCUUUUUCUCAUUGCAACCUUGGUUGUUGCCCAGACUGUGCUUGUUCAAUGGAAGCAAAGACACUGUUGAUCGUACAAUUUAGUCACACUACUGCAGAUGUGGGUUGUUCCUCUUUAUUUCACCAUCAGACUUUACUGGUGGAGAUCUCUGUCCAUGUGGGGAAUGCUCUCAGUUAUUACCAGUUGCAUCAUUUUCAGAGCAACCCGCAAGCCUCUCUCAGGAAGAACACCACAGUUGAUCUACAAAUGGUUUGUCCUGAUCUAUAAACUGAGUUAUGCAAUUGGUAUUGUGGGUUAUCUAGCCAUAAUGUUUACCAUCUUAGGAUUUAAUUUAUUGUUUAGAAUUGAGUCUGGCGACUCCGUGAAUUUUGCUGUGACACUGCUUUUUUAUGGACUGUACUAUGGAGUGAUGGGAAGAGACCUUGCAGAGAUUUGUUCUGACAACAUGGCUUCCACCAUUGGUUUUUACAGCAUCAGUGGCAUACCAACAAGUAAUUUGUCCAAUGACAUCUGCACAGUCUGCAGGCAUAAAAUUUUUGUGGAUAUAAAUGAAGAAGGGAUCAUUGAAAAUACCUACCAGCUGUCCUGUAAUCAUGUGUUUCACAAAUCCUGCGUCUGUGGUUGGUGCAUUGUUGGCAAGAACCAGACUUGCCCGUACUGCCCUGAGAAAGUUGAUUUGAAGAGGAUGUUAAGUAACCCAUACCCUCUCCCUAACAAGUGUGGGAAUGCACACAUAUUGUAUGGACAACUUUCGGACUGGCUCUGCUAUCUGGUGUUUUGGCAACCGGUUGUUAUAGGCAUCAUCCAAGGCAUUAAUUACUCACUGGGUCUAGAAUAG